AUGGCCGAAAUAAGUCAGAAACUCCAGGAUCCUCCGCCUGCACAUGCCACCGAGGCUUCUGUCCCCACCUCGUCAGGGCAUACUCCCCCGUUAGCCAUUGAUCCACAUGCCACGGAUCCUCCUGAAAAGGGGACAGCAUCAGAUUCCCCUUCUGUCACACCGAUCAUUGUAAAUCUGGACCCUGUUCCAAGGGAGGAGCCUAUCUCCCGCCUCGAUGAGGAAAGCGCAAGGCGCUUAGCCAAGAUGGAGGAACGACUCUGUGUUCUUCAAGGGUAUGAGAUGCGAGGGGUUGAUAAGUUAUCUCCAUAUGCUAAAGUAAAAGUCCCUGAAGCCUUCAAGGAACCGGAAUUUAGCAUGAAAUAUGAUGGCACCGGUUGCCCUAAGACUCAUCUCAAGUAUUACUUGAGAAAAAUGGCUCGUUAUUCCGACAACGUACCACUCCUCAUCCAGACCUUCCAAGAUAGCUUGAUUGGCCCUGCCUUGUCAUGGUUCAUUGCGCUGGAUGUUGAGACGAUCACAGCAUGGGAAGAUCUUGCCGAAGAGUUCCUUCAGCAGUACAGGUUCAACUCUGAAAUCAUCCCCACGAGAGAAGACUUGGUUCGGCUAGAAAAGAGAAGGAAUGAACCUUUCAAGGCAUUCGCUCAAAGGUGGAGGACGAUGGCAUCACAAGUAAAGCCCCCGCUGAUCGAGAGAGAGAUGAGGCAACUUUUUCUGAAAACCCUGCCACCUGAGUAUUUUCACGGAAUGUUAACUUCUGGAUGUUAA